CUUGCAUGGUUUCAUUAAUAAAAGACGAGAUUAGGGUAUACAGUAUCCAUUGGUUGUGCUGAGGUUUAGUGUCAACAAUGAGCAUCAUGGUAUUCGAGAGCUUUGAGCUAGUCGGUUAUUCAUUAAAUUGCGCAACUUGUCUUCUGCAGCAUGUUUGUUCCUCUUUGCAGUGAGUGGACUUUGCUUAGAUAUAUUCACUUGCUAGUGUGUUGUGCAGGAAUAUGGUUUUAGUCCUUUGUCUUGACUGAUUAGGGCCUUAUAUCCUUAGGGGGAAUGUCUAGCAUAACUACAAAAACGCGAACAGGCACGUCAAACUACCUCCCCCUUUCGUCCCCUGUCUUUAUAAAGCUCCCAGUCAUCAGCUGCUCUUGUGUUUUGUCUUGAAAUGUGUCCGUCAUCAUGUGGAGGGCUCUCGUGAAGUUAGAUCUGGCCUCGGUAGGCACGGCUCUGUCUCUGAGUUUUGUUUUUAUAGUUCUGUUGGAAAUCUUCAGGAUCAAAUCCUACAGAGCUCAAACUCCACCUGGUCCCAGACCGCUGCCUUUCGUGGGGACCUUACCAUAUUUUUUAAAGAACCCAAUGGAGUUCAUAAGAUCACUAUCUCAGUAUGGAGAGAUGACCACUGUCUAUUUUGGGAGAAAGCCAGCAAUAGUCCUCAAUACCAUCCAGGUCACGAAGGAAGCCUUGGUCCAAAAUGCUUCAUCUUUUUCAGGAAGGCCACCUGUGCCGGUUCUAAUCUGGAUCACUGAAGGAUAUGGUAUCAUAAUGGCCACGUUUGGUCACUCCUGGAGGCAGCAGAGACGGUUUGCUCUGCACACGCUCAGGAAUUUUGGCCUGGGGAAGAAAUCUUUGGAGGAUUGUGUCACAGAGGAAAACGUUUACCUGCUUCCUGAAAUGCUCGAAGUGGAAGGCACUCCCUUUGACCCCCAACAUGCAAUACAGAAUGCCGUAUCAAACAUUAUCUGUUCCAUCGUGUUUGGGGAUCGCUUUGACUAUGAUAACAAGCACUUUGAGUACCUUUUGGAAAUCUUGAAGGAGAAUAUCAUUCUGUCAGGAUCCCUUGUUGGACAGGUGUUUAACUUGCUUCCCAUCAUCAAACAUUUCCCAGGGCCACACCAGAAAAUUUAUCGGAACGCAGAAGAGUUGAAAGCUUUCAUCAGGGAAGCAGUCAAAUCACACAGAGAAACUCUGGAUCCAGACAGUCCACGGGACUUCAUUGAUGCCUACCUGCUAGAGAUUGAGAAACAAAAGUCCAGCGAGGACUCAACAUUUCAUGAGGAUAACAUGGUCAUGUCAGUAGUUGACCUGUUUCUGGCAGGAACUGACUCCACAGCAACCACCAUCAGAUGGGGGCUUAUUUACUUGUCCCAAAACCCACAUGUACAAGAGAGAUGUCACAAGGAGAUUGAUCAGGUGUUGGGAUACGACCGUUUGCCCAGCAUGGAUGACCGUGACAAACUACCGUACACAUACGCCACUGUUCAUGAGAUUCAGCGCUAUGGCAACAUUGUUCCCUUUGGCGUGUUUCAUGAAACAACUCGGCCCACAAAACUACGAGGAUACGUCAUUCCCAAGGGCACGAUGGUAUUUAAUAACUUAACAGCAAUUUUAACUGAUAAAAAACACUGGAAAUACCCAGACACUUUUAACCCUGAGAAUUUCUUGGAUGAUAAUGGACAUUUCUUCAAACCAGAGUCUUUCCUCCCUUUCUCCUUGGGUCCGAGGGUCUGUCUCGGUGAGACCCUAGCAAAGAUGGAGCUCUUCCUCUUCAUCACUUCUCUAUUACAGCGGAUUCGUUUCUCCUGGCCUGCUGGUGGGAAGUGGCCAGACAUGAAUGGGAUUGUUAGUAUAGUCCGUUCUCCUGAACCAUUCAACAUCAUCUGCCACAGCCGAGGAUCCAAAGAGUGAUUAUUAGUACACUUUCUAACUUCAACACUAGUUUUCAUCUGUAUUUAGACAUAGCUCUGCAAGUAUGAUUCUAGUUAACACAAUAAAUGACUGUAAGACUAAGCUUUUUUUCUCUUUAUGUAAUCUUUCAUGUGACUACUUAUAUACAGUCAGCGGUGUACAGGUGUAAACCAGAUUCAAAUUGGUUAUGCAUGGCCCACGUUUGUCAACAUUGUACUAUAUGCUGUAUAUAUCCUUAAUCCACAAAUGCUUUUAAAAACACAGUUUUCAUUAAUUAUAGCAUAUUCUUUCCCAAAGUGCUUCCUUCAGGUGUAUCAGUUUGAGUUCUUGGUUCUGAGAAUGGUUGGAUAGAUAAUUUAAUAUGAAAGAAAUGGCACACUAUGCAGAACCCUACGCAGGGCAUGCUUUCCCUUUACUAUUAUUUCAGUCACCUUUACGUCUCAUUCAAGAUUUAGUGUCAACAAGGUCACGUCAUGGCAGUAGUCUAGUCUGUUAUUUUUUACUUAUUUAAAACCUGCCCAACUUGUCUUAGUUCACUGCAGUAAGUGAACGUCACUAAGUACAGGUAUUGUUUAUAAACAGAAAAGGAGUAUUGUUCUGAAAUAUGAUCUUUCUUUUUUGUUUUGUUCCUUGCAGCCUUCGCAAUAAAAAAUACAAAAAA